AUGACGAGCGAACGCGAGCUGGCGGAGACGGCGAAGGCCUGGCCUUUCGAAGAGGCCCGCAAGCUGCUCAAACGCCUGGACGGCAAGACGCCGGACAAGGGCUAUGCACUCUUCGAGACCGGCUAUGGCCCCUCGGGACUGCCGCACAUCGGCACCUUCGGCGAGGUGGUGCGCACCACCAUGGUCCGCCGUGCCUUUGAGCGUCUAAGCGACAUUCCCACGCGUCUCUUCUGCUUCUCGGACGACAUGGACGGCUUGCGCAAGGUUCCGGACAAUGUACCCAACAAGGAGAUGUUGGCCCAGCAUCUGGGCAAACCGCUGACCGCCAUUCCCGAUCCCUUCGGGCCCGAUUCCUCCGGUGACGAGCACGAGAGCUUCGGAGCCCACAACAACGCCCGCCUGCGGGCUUUCCUGGACGCCUUCGGCUUCGAUUACGAGUUUCAGUCCUCCACCGACUUCUACCGCUCGGGCCGCUUCGACACGGCACUGCUGACAGUGCUGGAGCGUUACGAGGAGGUCAUGCAGGUGAUGCUCCCGACCCUGGGAGAGGAGCGCAGGCGCACCUAUAGCCCUUUCCUGCCGAUCUCCCCGACGACGGGCCGGGUGCUGCAGGUUCCGAUCCUGGAGCGAAAGGUCGAGACCGGCACGAUCGUGUUCGAGGACGAGGACGGCAGCAAGACCGAACUUCCGGUGACGGGCGGGCACUGCAAGCUGCAGUGGAAGCCCGACUGGGGCAUGCGCUGGGCGGCCCUGGGCGUCGACUACGAGAUGUCCGGCAAGGACCUGAUCGAGUCAGUGCGUCUGGGCGCGCGUAUCUGCAAGAUUCUCGGCGGCCGCCCGCCCGACGGUUUCACCUACGAGCUCUUUCUGGACGAAAAGGGCGAGAAGAUCUCCAAGUCGAAGGGCAACGGCCUGUCCGUCGAGGAGUGGCUGACCUAUGCGCCGCCGGAGAGCUUGUCUCUUUUCAUGUUCCAGAAACCGCGCGCGGCAAAGCGGCUCUACUUCGAUGCGAUUCCCCGGACCGUCGACGACUACCUGACUUUCCUCGCCAAGUUCGAGGACGAACCGGCGGAGCGGCGGGUUGAGAACCCGGUCUGGCACAUCCACGGCGGCGAGCCGCCGCGCGAACCGGCUCAUCUCUCCUUCAGCCUGCUGCUCAACCUGGUGGGUGCCUGCAACGCCGAUGCUCCGGAGGUGCUCUGGGGCUUCAUCAGCCGCUACGCACCGAGCGCGAGCCCGGCGAGCGAUCCGAUUCUGGCACAGCUCGUCGACUACGCGAUCGUCUACUAUCGGGACUUCGUGAAGCCGGCCAAGCGCUAUAGAGCCCCCACAUCGGAGGAAAGUCCGGCCUUUGAGGAUCUGCUGGCGGAGCUGGAGAGGCUUCCCGACGACGCCGAUGGAGAGACAAUCCAGAACAGGGUCUACGAGAUCGGUAAGCGCGACACCUUCCCCUCCCUGCGCGACUGGUUCAAGGCCUGCUACGAAGUGCUAUUGGGACAGGAACAGGGGCCGCGUCUUGGCAGCUUCUUCGCCCUCUACGGCCUGCCGGAAAGCCGCGCACUGGUCGCACGCGCCCUAGCCGGCGAGGAUCUGGCGCGGGCUGAUCGCUUCGCGUUGAUUCAUCGGACCAACCUCUGGGGAGCGGCCGAGACACCCUCGGGUCUCGGCUCCGAAAUCGCCGCGACGGGACCGGUGCGGGCCGGCCUGCAAACUCUGCUGUCCCACUACGAGGUGCGCCGUUUGCUGGACCUGCCGUGCGGUGCGUUCGGCUGGAUGGCGGCCGUCGACCUCACGGGUGUCGACUAUGUCGGUGGCGAUAUCGUCACCGACAUCGUGGCGGCAAACCAGGCGACGCAUGCCGCGCCCGGACGCGACUUCAAGCAGCUCGACCUUCUGGAAGACGAGCUGCCGCAAGCCGAUCUCGUGCUCUGCCGAGACUGCCUGGUUCACUUCUCCCUUGCGAAUAUCGGGCGCGCCCUGGCGAACCUGCGCAGUUGCGGGGCGCGAUACCUCCUGACCACCACCUUCCCGGAGCUUCCCGACAACAGCGAUAUCGAGGACGGCGACUGGCGGCCGCUCAAUCUGCAAGCCGCGCCCUUUGAACUUCCCGCACCGAUAGAGACGAUCUCGGAAGGCUGCGAGGAAGCCGGCGGCGACUAUAGAGACAAGACGCUAGCGCUUUGGCAUAUAGAGGACCUGGAAGCUGACGCAACCGCGUUCGCAGCGAUCGCGGCGAACGAUUGGGUUCUGGAGCCAAAACCUCUCAGGCCGAACCGGCCGCUGUCGGAGAAACCCAUGAUCAACCAACUGCGAAUCUAUGAAAUCUUCGAGGAGAACAAGGCGGCGUUCCAUGCCCGGUUCCGCGAUCACGCCCAGAGGAUCAUGGCGUCCUACGGCUUCGCGAUCCUCGCCAUGUGGGAGACACGGCGCGACGCGCGCACCGAAUUCGUCUACCUCCUGCAAUGGCAGGACGACGCGGCAAAGGAUGCAGCUUGGACUGCCUUCAUGGCGGAUCAGGAAUGGAAGGACAUCAAGCAGGAGACGUCUGCCGAGCACGGCAACCUGGUCGGGGCGAUCGAGGACAGAGUCCUGCGCGCCACCGACUACUCGGCGGCUCUGGGGCGCGAGGCAGCGGCAACAGCGUCCUAG